AUGUAUCUAUCUAUCUUUUCUAUCUAUUUAUCUAUCUAUCUAUCUAUGUCUUCAUCAUUAACCUCUUCAUUAUCUAUCAUCUCUUCAUUAUCUAUGACCUUUCAUUAUCUAUCUAUUCAUCUUCUAUCUUCAUUAUCUAUCUAUCUAUCUAUCAUCUUUUUCAUUGCUAUCUAUCUAUCUAUCUAUCUUUCUAUCAUCUAUUUUUCUUCAUUAACUUUCAUUUUCUUUAUCUAUCUAUCCUCUUCAUUAUCUAUCUAUCUAUCUAUCUAUCUAUCUAUCUAUCUAUCUAUCUAUCAGUUAUUCCAUGUCGAAUAUAAAACUUGUAGUGAUAAUGUGAUAAAAUUGUGCAAGACACAGACAAAAAUGGGGGCCAGCUUCUUCGUGUUCCCUACUUUUAGAGACACAGACAAAAAUAGGGAGCUGCUUCUUCGGGUUCCUAUCCUAGAGAAACAGACACAAACAGGGGCGGUUCCCUACUAUCGGAGAUACAGACACAAAUGGUGGCCAGCUUUUUCGUGUCCCCUACCAGCGGUGAUACAGACAAAAAUAGGGGCCAGCUACUUCGUGUCCCCUACUACUGGAGAUACAGUCAAAGAUAAGGAACAGAUUCUUCGGGUUGCCUACUGCUGGAGAUACAGACAAAAGAGGGACCUGCUUCUUCGGUUUCUUCAUUAUCUAUCUAUCUAUCUAUCGUUGUUCCAUGCCGAAUAUAAUACUUGUACUAAUAUCUAUAAUAUGCAAGCAAACGUCUUCUUAAUCAAUAUCUGGAGACUGGUUGGGAGUUAUCUCCCUUUGACUCACUCUUUGACCUUAACGCACCCGUCAACUCCUCGCCGCGUUGUUAGCGUCGUUUUCUUCUCUCUUUGUUGGCAGCGCCGACUCGAAUAUUCUCGAAAGCCGCGCGCAUUUUUUUUUUUUCGCGGCCCAACUCUUACGUUUGCUGUGGCAUUUAUCUCUUUCUCUCUCUCUCUCUCUAUUUCUAUCUAUCUAUCUAUCUAUCUAUCUAUCUAUCUAUCUAUCUAUCUAUCUAUCUAUCUACCUACCUACCUUCAUCCUUCUAUCUAUCUAUCCUCUAUCUAUCUAUCUAUCUAUCUAAUUACCUACCUACCUACAUCCAUUCAUCUAUCUAUCUAUCUAUCUAUCUAUCUAUCUAUCUAUCUAUCUAUCUAUCUACUUACCUACCUACAUCCUUCUAUCUAUCUAUCUAUCUAUCUAUCUAUCUAUCUAUCUAUCUAUCUAUCUAAUUACCUACCUACCUACAUCUAUCUAUCUAUCUAUCUAUCUAUCUAUCUAUCUAUCUAUCUAUCUAUCUAUCUAUCUAUCUACCUACCUCCUUCCUACCUACCUACAUAUAUUCCUAUCUAUCUAUCUAUCUAUCUAUCUAUCUAUCUAUCUAUCUAUCUAUCUAUCUAUCUAUUUACCUACCUACCUACCUACAUCUAUCUAUCUAUCUAUCUAUCUAUUAUCUAUCUAUCUAUCAGAUAG